AUGGCCGCCCUGGACCCUAACGUUCCUUUUGCCCACCUCCUACGAGACAAAUCGCACACACUUCCUCGACUCGACGAUGUGGAAAAGGUGGAUUUGGAAACUCUAGAGGACGUCAGCAGUGCAGCCUCGUCCGUCAGCGACUCUUCCGCAAGUGCAGCCUCGUCCGACGCAUCGUCCACGCAGGGUGCGACGCAGGAUGAUGGCAAAGCCGCGCGGGUUGCUGAAGCGCAUACCACAUACUAUCCCCACCCUACGGCCUUUGAGAUUGGCGAGCACCCCAUCGACCAAAUUCGCCCUCUGAAGGUUGCCAUUGUUGGUGCGGGCCUGUCGGGCAUUACUGCUGGAGCCCUUCUUCCCAUCAAAGUUCCGGGGGUCAAAUUGACGAUCUUUGAGAAGAAUGCCGAUGUUGGAGGGACGUGGUUUGAGAACACAUACCCAGGUGUGCGCUGUGACAUUCCCGCGCACGUCUACCAAUCGAGCUUCUUCCCCAACACACAGUGGAGCGAAGAGUAUGCACAAGGCCCCGAAAUCCGAGCGUAUUGGCAGUCGGUGGCGCAGAAGUACGACGUUUACUCCAAACUCCGAACAUCGACGAAAGUCACCGGUUCCUACUGGGAGCCUCAACGAGCGCAAUGGCGACUGGAAAUUGAUGCAUCGGGGGAGCGGUCGACGGAGUAUUUCGAUUUUGUCAUCCAGGCGAUUGGUCGUUUCAAUAGCUGGAAGCUGCCAGAAUACCCGGGGAUGGACAAGUAUAAGGGGAAGAUCAUCCAUUCCUCGCAUUGGGACGACUCGUUUGAUGCGACGGGCAAGCGCAUCGCCACCAUUGGCAAUGGAGCUUCUGGUAUCCAGGUGACUCCUGCGUUACGCAAGAUUGCCACACACAUUGACCAUUACGUUCGAUCUGCGACGUGGAUUGCCGGCAAGUUCACACCGUGGCUGAGGGAGCGGCAAGAGGCACCCAUUCCAUUCAGUGAAGAGACAAAGGAGGCCUUCCAAGAUCCCGACAUUUAUCUCCUGUACCGGAAGAAGUUGGAGGAUGGGUUCUGGCGAACGUACGCGGGAAUCAUCAGCGAUUCCGCCGCUGCACAGGCCUUGCCUGGAAAGCUGAAAGCCAUCAUGAAGGAGCGGUUAGAGAAGGGAGGCCGGCCGGACUUCGUCGAAAAGCUCAUCCCGGACUUUCCGCCACACUGUCGUCGGCUCACACCAGGCCCUGGAUACUUGGAAGCCAUAACGAAGGACAACAUUGAGCUUAUCACCACCCCGAUCGACCAUUUCACAGAAGAUGGGAUCGUUGAUAAGGAGGGGAACCAUCGGCCUGUUGAUGCCGUCAUUUGUUCGACUGGUGCGAACACGGAUUGUGCGCCUCCCGUACCCAUCGUUUCUGGGGACUUUGAUCUGGCCAAGGACUGGAAGAUUGGUGGGAAAUUCGGCUUCCCCUACAGCUACCUCGGCGUAGGCGUGCCAGGGUUCCCCAAUCUCGCAUUCAUCCUGGGUCCGAAUCCCGCGGGCCCGACGGGGACGUUGGUGAACUCGGCGGAGACGCAGAUUGCGUACAUCGCCAAGAUGCUGCGGAAGAUUUCGUCGCAGGGAAUCAAAACCAUGACUCCCGCUCGGCAAGCAGCCGAUGACUUUGUCGAAUACUGCGAUGCUUUCUUCCCGCGUACCAACCUGACGAAGAAGUGCAGUUCGUGGUCGAAUAGCGGCGUCCCGGGAGCUCGCAUUCAUGGGCACUGGCCGGGGAGUGCUGCUCAUUUGAACCUCGUUCGUCGAGAGCCAAGGUGGGAGGACUUUGAGUAUACAUAUGUCCGAUCUGAGAAUCGCUUUGCAUACUUUGGAAAUGGAUGGACGACGCGCGAGAAGGAUCUGGAUUAUGAUAUGGUUUCAUAUCUCCGAACGGAGAAGACUAAUGACUUGAGGAAUUUGCAUGAGCUCUGGUGGGAUGUUUAA